UAUUUGGCUGCGUGAAUAAAGCCCGACCCGAAUCGUAAAAACCGUGUCAUUUUCUUGCAGAAUUGAAAAGAAGCAGAUCCAUUUCGACGCAGACAAAAGCAACUUCGAAGAGAAACGAGAAGUGAGUGAGAGAGAGAGAGAGAGAGAGAUGGCAAUAAUGGAUUCGUUGAGGAGGUUCGUAGCGCAUGAGCCAGUGAUUGCAGCUUGUUGCUUACUAGUCGGUGUUAAUGGAAUCUUCCUUCCAGCUGUUGUUAGGCCCAUUCUUGACUCCUAUGAAGCGGCCAAACAAGUUCCCCAGCCUGCUUUAAAUGAUGUGGUUGCGGGUAUGACUGGUAAGAAAUAAGGGUGAUGGGGUUUAUUGGUGAAGGAAUUUCAAUUAUCCUGCCUCCCUUGAACUCAUUUUUAUUUUCAUCGACAAUGUAAUAAGCCGCACUUCUAUGAGUUUUGUGGAGAUUUAAAUGAUUAUGCAUUUCAAAUAUCUUCAUAUUUUGUGUAGGCAUAUGAAGGUUUAUCAUGUUUAUUUUAAAGAGUUAACGUUCAUCUGAGCCCGCAUUGAUGCA